AUGAAACACUAUAAUAACCACAGCUACCAUUGGCUGCUGCUGUUUCUGCUGUGCUGCGCAAGUGCGUGCCUCGGCUCGGCGCAGCAUCACUGCGGGUUCGGCGAGUUGAUGAGGCAGAGCGGCACACGCCCGUUGGGCAUUGUGGCGGAGGUGCCAAAGAAGGGCGAGAGCGCGUUCCAGGCGUACACCGCGGCGGGGUCGGACGGCUGGGCGCCUCUCCGCAUCGUGGUGUCCACGAGGGAUCUCGACAACACGUCGAAAUACUGCAACCAGACGGGUGUGGAACGAUCUACGUUUUUCAGUCCAGUUAAUUGCACAGAGUCGAUGGUUCUUACGCCUGAAAAAAUUGCUGCCAUUAAGAACCCGAUCAUCCCUGCUGCUGUGAAACUGCACACGGACCGUCUGCUCGUCCAGCCUGUGAGCGGCCCUUUAAAGGUGCCUGAGUUUGCCGAGGGUUCUGUGUGCAAACACUUCACAGUGCCGUCUGAACAUCACACAACAGGCGUGAGCAACGCGGACAUGGUGCUGUACGUUGCGGCUGGUCCCUCGGAACGAGGAGCCCUUGUCUGGGGUGCCCCGUGUGCCAUGGCUGAAGGUCGCCCUGUCGUCGGUGCAUUGAACAUCCCAAAGGUUUCAACGCUCUUGGUGCGGUUCUACUCUCGCAUUGCCGCUCAUGGUAUUGCACACGCACUUGGCUUCAGCUACGAGGUGAUGGUGUCCCGCGGGAUGGUGGCGAACAUCACGAACGUGCGCGGCAAGGCACAGGUCACGGUUGUGAACUCUUCCAAGACUGUGGAGAAGGCCCGAGCGCACUACGGCUGCGACGAACUUACUGGCAUGGAGCUGGAGGAUGAGGACGCCGAGAGGACAACAGGCUCGCACUGGGAGCGGCGCAACGCGAAGGACGAGCUGAUGGCUGCGCCGGUUGGUCUCGGCACCUACUUCUACACUGCACUGACGAUGGCGGCGUUCGAGGAUAUGGGCUUCUUCCGCGCCAAUUGGGGGAUGGAGGAGCCGAUGAGCUGGGGCAGUAACGCCGGNGUUGGUCUCGGCACCUACUUCUACACUGCACUGACGAUGGCGGCGUUCGAGGAUAUGGGCUUCUUCCGCGCCAAUUGGGGGAUGGAGGAGCCGAUGAGCUGGGGCAGUAACGCCGGCUGCGGCCUGCUAAAGGAGAAGUGCAUGACGAACGGUGCCACGAAAUACCCGGACAUGUUCUGCAGUAAAAAAGGAAUUGUUAAAUGCUCCUCGGAUCGCUUUGGCUUUGGCGCCUGUGAGUUUGACAAGCAUGAGUCGCCUCUUCCCGAACGGUUUCGGUACUUCACAAGCCCGGAUCUCGGUGCACCCGACCUUCAUCUGACGGACCACUGCCCUAUCCUGGUGCCUGAGAGAAUUAUGUGCAGCGCCAAUGCUUAUGGGGAUAUACUUGGAAACAUAAUGGGCGAAGAUUCGUGGUGCCUGGACGGGAACGGCCUCUUUUUGAAUACAUCGAAGCCAGAAGAGAUGCCAGGCGUCUGUGCGGCCGUGCAGUGUGCUGACGGUGUUGUGAAGGUGCGGUAUGGCGGCGACGACACGUGGCACAGCUGCCCCGAGGGUGGCUUACUCACGCCGUCGUCAACGUCGCAGGCCUUUGUGAACGGCACCAUCAAGUGCCCCAAGUACACCGAGGUGUGCACCGUCGCCGGCGACGGAAGCAGCCGCAUCGCCAUCAAGUCCAGUCCUGACACCAGCGGCAGAAGCUCUUCUUCCACGUUUGAUGGGGGGAACAAAGCUGUUACUGCUCCAAAGGUUACUUCUGACAUGAGCAGCGGUAACCCUGAUUCCGCCGGUGUCACUGUCAGCAGAACCGCCAGCCCGAAGGAUGCCAACAGAGGUGUUGUCAAUUCCCAUUACGAUACCGACAUUAACAGCGGCCCCGCUAAUUACGCUGUUGCUCCCUCCAGCGACAACAGCAUCACGUCGGGUACUCAUGCUGACACGAGUGUCUCAGUGGAUUCCAGAGCCAUUGCCGAUAUCACCGCUCUCCCUAAUUCUAACGGGGAUGCCGACGUCAGUACGGCUGCCAGCAUUGUCGCGCCGCUCGCGUUUCUUGCUGCAGCCGCCACUGCCUUGCAGACCGCGUGA